AUGUCAUUCGACAAGCACCUUCCGGUGGUCAACAAUAGCUUGUACUCCUUGAGUAAUGCCUCCAACUCAUCGAUAGCGUCGAUCAACAUCAACAUCAACAACAUCGCUGAUGAUUCUCAUAAUUUAGCUGCCAGCACUAUGUACAACCCUAUACCCUCCACCACUGGGCCUGGUACCGCUGAAGACAUCAGUCCGACAUUAUUACAUCAUUGGAGCCACGGAUACUCUGUAUUAUCUAUUGCGGUGUCUAAAAAACACAAUAUAUUAUUUGCAGGAACCCAAGAUUCCAAGUUAUUGGCGUGUGACUUGACAAAUUUUCAAACCAUUACCACCAUUGAUACCGAACAUAAUGGCUCAAUAUUGAACUUGAAAAUAUCAGAUAAUGAGAAAUACUUGUUUUCGACCUCGUCCGAUUCGUUGAUCAAAAUAUGGGAUAUUUCAAAAUUGACAGCUACCAAGUCGGGAAUCUUUAAAAAUUCUUACCCACUAAUACAAGAAUUAACCACUAUUUACUCGUUACUUGAUGUUGGCGAUAUCUUCUCAAUUGCGUUAUCGCACAAAUUGAAUGUUUUGUUCUUUGGUACCCAAAACGCCUGUAUCCAAUGGGUCAAUUUAUCGGAUAAAAAGAAUUUCAUAAAAGUCAGCAAAAAAACCUUGAAUAAGUUACCAUUCCUACGUUAUGAUAAAUUCUUCGAUUCCAAACCAGGGGUUAGGGGUCUGGAAAAGAAUUUUUCCAACGAAAUCAAUGAAAAAGUCCAAAAAUAUUCGGAUAAGCUCGAAAAAACCAAAAGCAAUUUGUCAUUGAUCGAAACCCCGUUGAAUAACGUUAUUCCAUUUGCCCACAACGGUUUCAUUUAUGACAUGAAGAUUGUUCCUAGCUCAUUGUUUCAAGGUAGCAAUUUCCCUAACCAUGUCAAUAUAGAGAAAUUUAGCGAGUAUUUGAUCUCCACCGCUGGUGAUGGGUUGGUGAAAAUAUGGGGUAUCUAUGACAAGGUGAUUGAAAACGGACCGCAAUUGAAAUUUUUGCAUGAGUUAGAUAAUGAGGAUCCUGUAUUAUCCAUAACUAUUAAUGGGGUUUUCCUAUAUUGUGGGUUGACCGACAGUAAAGUUAAAGUGUGGGAUUUAUCUACCCUUCAAUUAAUAAGAUUGAUCGACAAAGAUAAUAUGGGAGAAAUCAAUUCGUUGGUGUACUGUCCAACUUUGAAUUGUUUGUUCAAAGGAACAGAAACAGGCUGUUGUCAGUAUAGCAUGCACAUCAGCUCAGAAAACUAUGACAACAACAAUGAUGUUACUGUUGAUAAUGGUGCAGUUUGGAAAUCAAAAGAAAAGCUGAUUCUCGCAGUGGAUAUUAUAUUCAAUUCUAAUAAUACUGAUAUUUUGGUCACCGCAGGCCAAUCUGGGAUUUCCAUCUGGAAUUUGCCAACAAGGAACAAUAAUUUCUUUUCCAACACCAACCAGGUCAUCCUAAAUGACCAACCUAAUUUGGACAUGCUCAGUAACAAUCAUAUGUUGAAACAUUUAUCGACAUUUAUCAGUUUCAAAACAAUCUCGAAGAGACCAGAUUUGUACAUUGAUGAUUCUAGAAAUUGUGCCAAUUUUUUGAAUUGUAUAUUAAAAAGUUACGGGGCCAGUGAAACCAGGUUACUACCAGUGGAAAACGGUAACCCUGUGGUGUAUGCCCUAUUCAAGGCUAAUGGGCCAGAGGUGGAUAAUUAUGAACGAACUCCGAGAGUAUUAUGGUACGGACAUUAUGAUGUUGUGGAAACGGAGAAUGAUAAAGGUUGGGACACUGAUCCAUUCACUUUGACAGCCCAGGAUGGAUACUUAUAUUCCAGAGGGGUCAGUGAUAACAAAGGUCCGGUAUUAUCUUCCAUUUUCAGUAUUUCUGAGCUACAUACUACUAAGAAGUUGAACUCCGAUGUGGUGUUUUUGAUUGAAGGUGAAGAAGAAUCAGGGUCCUUUGGUUUCCAUAAAACUAUUGGACAAAAUAAGGAAUUAGUUGGAGAUAUUGAUUGGAUUUUAUUUUCCAAUUCGUACUGGCUUGAUGACUAUACUCCUUGCUUGAAUUAUGGUUUACGAGGAUUGAUUAGUUGUGAGGUUGAAAUGCACAGUGAGAAACCAGAUCGGCACUCUGGGGUUGAUGGGGGGAUUUCGAGAGAACCUACCAUUGAUUUGAUCAAUUUGUUAUCGACAUUAACUGAUAAUAGGGAUGGCCAGGUGCUUGUUCCUGGGUUCUAUGAUCCAAUCUUGCCGAUUUCCGAAGAAGAAUUGAAGUUGUACCGCAACAUCAUCGAAAAUGUUGUUCCUGACACCAAAAACCAUACUGAUUUGAAUAUCAACAAUUUGCUCCGCAAAUGGCGACUUCCAUCUUUAACAAUUCAUAAACUACGAGUGUCUGGUCCCAAAAACUCGACCAUCAUUCCUAAGGUUGCCAGCACCACCCUUUCUUUGAGAAUUGUUCCUGAUCAAAACAUCGACACAGUGAAAUCCAGUCUUGUUAACUAUCUAAGGGACAAUUUUUCAAAAUUCAACACCACCAACAUCCUUAAAAUCAAGAUCAUGAAGAAAACCGAACCGUGGCUUGGUGAUCUAAAUAAUGAUUUCUAUAAGAUUUUGAACGACGCUAUUUCCGAGGUAUGGAAUGUCCAACCAUUGUACAUCAGAGAAGGAGGGUCGAUUUCUUCCAUUCGAUUUCUUGAAAAAUUCUUCAAUGCUAAUGCCGCCCAGAUUCCCUGCGGCCAAAGUUCUGAUAAUGCCCAUUUGAACGAUGAAAGAUUAAGGAUCACUAAUUUAUUCAACUUGAAGAAAAUUUUGACCAGAGUGUUUCAACAAGUGCCAUUGAAUGAUCACAAAAACCAAGUUGCAUUUGAACAAGAAAAUUAUAAUAAUGAUGGAGCGAAAGAUACUGACGAGUUUGCAUUUGAAGGAACUGCAAUAGAAACGAAGAAAAAACAAAAGACUUAUGAACUCGAAGAGUUUUUGAAUAAACUUGUGAUUCAUUAA